AUGGUGGGUGCGUCUUCAUUUUACGCAUCUCCGUUUUGCGACUGGCUAGUGGCGGCGGCUUGCAUGUCCGUCACGCAUAACGCCGGAGACCGACUGGCUCAAUCGGACACUAAAAGUAGUAGCUUCUGGGCUCGCCGACGGAGACUGCUUACAAAAUGCUCCGCUUAUGGAUCCGACGGCAUUCAGGCUCUCGUGAGUUCCUAUAACAACAAUGCCCUGUCUUCCCUGUUCGAUUCGAAUAACAAUCACUUGAAUCGAAAGCAGAGGAGACUUAAUCGAGCAUCUAGCUCUGAGCAAGUCACUCUAGAAAUGGAGAAGGAAGCAAUGGUGAAGAAGAAACCUCCUUUGGAGUCACGCCGCGUUGUAGUGACAGGCAUGGGAGUUGAAACACCAUUAGGUCAUGACCCACAUACCUUUUAUGAGAAUUUGCUGCAAGGCAACAGUGGUAUAAGCCACAUUGAGAACUUUGAUUGUUCUGAAUUUCCUACGAGAAUAGCAGGAGAGAUUAAAACCUUUUCGCCGGAAGGAUGGAUUGCUCCAAAACUUUCGAAGAGGAUGGACAAAUUCAUGCUCUAUCUUAUAACCGCCGGCAAGAAAGCGUUGGUUGAUGGUGGGGUCACUGAGGAUGUGAUGGCAGCGUUAGACAAAUCUAGGUGUGGAGUUCUGAUUGGCUCAGCAAUGGGAGGCAUGAAGGUCUUUUAUGAUGCGCUUGAAGCUUUGAAAAUAUCUUACAAGAAGAUGAAUCCUUUUUGUGUACCUUUUGCGACAACAAACAUGGGUUCUGCUAUGCUUGCCUUGGAUCUGGGAUGGAUGGGUCCAAACUACUCUAUUUCAACUGCAUGUGCCACUGGCAACUUCUGUAUCCUGAAUGCGGCAAACCACAUUAUUAGUGGUGAAGCUGAUGUAAUGCUCUGUGGUGGUUCUGAUUCAGUUAUUAUUCCACUAGGGUUGGGAGGUUUUGUUGCCUGCAGAGCUCUUUCACAGAAGAAUGACGAUCCCGCCAAAGCUUCACGUCCUUGGGAUAGUAAUCGAGAUGGUUUCGUUAUGGGAGAGGGAGCUGGAGUUCUGCUUUUAGAAGAACUUGAGCAUGCAAAGAAAAGAGGAGCAACUAUCUACGCAGAGUUCCUCGGUGGUAGUUUCACAUGUGAUGCAUAUCAUAUAACCGAACCACGCCCUGAUGGUGCUGGUGCCAUACUCUGUAUCGAGAGAGCAUUAGCUCAUGCCGGGAUUUCAAAGGAAGACAUAAAUUACGUAAAUGCUCAUGCUACCUCUACACCAGCUGGAGACCUUAAGGAGUACCAAGCCCUUGCCCACUGUUUUGGCCAAAAUCCUGAGCUACGGAUAAACUCAACAAAAUCUAUGAUUGGACACUUGCUGGGAGCUUCUGGGGCCGUGGAGGCUGUUGCAACCGUUCAGGCAAUAAAGACAGGAUGGGUUCAUCCAAAUAUCAACCUCGAGAAUCCAGACAAAGGAGUGGACACAAAGCUGCUGGUGGGUCUAAAGAAGGAGAGACUGGAUAUUAAAGCAGCCUUGUCAAAUUCAUUCGGGUUCGGUGGCCAUAACUCUAGCAUCAUUUUUGCUCCUUACAAGUGA